CCCGAGGACGUCGAGGGGGCAUCGGAGGUGGAGGUGGAGGUGGUACCCGUGCAGGGGAUACCCGGGGAUGCCGAGAGGGUACCGGAGGAGGAUAGGGUACUAGAGCUGGAGGUGGUACCCGUGCACGGGAUACCCGGGGAUGUCGAGGGGGCAUCGGAGGAGGAGAGGGUACCGGAGGUGGAGGUGGUACCUGAGAAGACGCCAGACUCGCCGGUCGUGGUCUUUGUGUCGGAGGAGGUGGUCCCGACAGCGGGCGAGGGGGUCGUCCCGAUGGCUGGGGAGAUGGAGAUUCCCGAGGCGCAUGAGGAGCGGGUGGUCGGCAAGAGGCCAAGGGUGCCAUCAUAGUACGUUCUUUCUCCCUUUACCGCGGAGGCGAAGAGGAGAAGGUUUGUCGACGGGACGCACCCGAAUUUAUUCAGGGAGGUGGACCACACCAAGUGGAAAGCCUUUGAGACAGAGUGGAGAGCACUGCAGCCUGGGGCCAGCCGCACGAUUGCUGAGAAGACGAUCUCAAAUGCUUACAAGUGGUUCCACGACAUCACCACUUCGGGGGCUUGGCUCGCCGACGAUCACAUCGACUUGAGCAUGGAUUUGCUACGGGAUCGUGCUGAAAGACAUCCAAAAUCAUUCAACAUUCCUGGCAGACUCAUAUUGAACACCGAGUUCAUCCGUGCCGUUGACAUUGAGUACUAGUCGUUCCGGGCUAUGGGUAGCGAGUACACGGUGCCGGAAUAUAUGAUGGAAUAGGUCGUAGGGAUGUGGCCGAGUGUCGGUGGGAAGCCAUGGGAUGGCUGUACGCAUAUGUACGUACCAGUAUGUCUGAAUCAUCACUACAUUGCAGUGGAAAUCGUAUUCGCCGACCCCACGAUGUAUG